AUUUGUUUCCUUCAGAUGGACAGUGGGACUUGUCAAACUAUCAUCUGUUAGACCUUGGUCAUCCUCAUCACUCGGUUCGCUGCAUGGCUGUCGUGUUUGGGAAGAUCUGGUGUGGAUAUCGUAACAGAGUGCAUGUUGUGGAUCCAAAGUCCCUGUCAGUUGUGAAGUCCUUUGAUGCUCACCCCAGGAAGGAGAGCCAAGUACGACAGAUGGCGUGGGUUGGGGAUGGUGUGUGGGUAUCUAUCAGGCUUGACAGCACCUUGAGGCUCUACCAUGCCCAUACUUAUCAGCAUUUGCAAGAUGUAGACAUCGAACCCUACGUCAGUAAGAUGUUAGGUAAGGUUCACCCCUACUCCAUGUAGUGUUAUGUAAGAUGU